AUUUUAAACAACGGCUCUCCCGGUUACAACCGGAUCUUGAGUUGUUCACACCUGGGACUGGUGACUAUCUUGCCCGUGGACAUGCAGUGACUAUUCUGUUCUAAUCUUGGUCAACAUAGCUGCAUGGUAGCAGGAGGGUGAACGAUUGACUUGCCUUUGCAUGCGUUUGUGACGGGUCCCUAGGGCAGGAUGCGCUCGCCUUUUCGCGAACACCUGGUUCUCAGCUAAGAACCAAGAAUGAUCGGACGUGUCCUUUUGUUCUGUCUGUGUAUACUGGCGUGUCACAUUGACUUGUCUCACCAACAAGUGUUUCUCCUGGAACUCCAGAACGCAACUGCGGCUGUAGGUAGCACCACCUACUUCCAGGCCGCUGUUCUCGGCACCAUCACUGGACAGGGUAAUUGGUCCAGAAAUGGUGUCCCGAUUGUCCAUCAACCUGGCAAGUAUAACAUCCUGACCGCUGGUAUAUUUCGACAGCUUUUCAUCACAAACACCGCCCUCUCAGAUGCAGGAACUAUCAGCUUCAGGAUAAAUGGAGAAGCGUCAUCAGCUCAGCUUACUGUUUUACAAGGCGCCAUAAGUAUUGUAAGUGGACCAACCGCCCAGACAGUCAAUACUGGGAGUACUGUCAUCCUACAGGCCACCUUAUCUCAGAGUAACAUCCAAACAGGACAGUGGUAUAAGAACGGGGCGGUAUUGACGACCAACGCUCGCAUACAGACGUUUGUGAAUGGGCAAUCUCAGAUUCUGAGCAUAUCAAAUGUCCAGACUUCGGAUGGGGCCACGUAUGAAUACAGAAUUAAUGGACUAUCCACAAGCGCACUUCUCACAGUUAAUGUUCCAAUAGGCGCCGUAAGUAUUGUAAGUGGACCAACCGCCCAGACAGUCAAUACUGGGAGUACUGUCACCCUACAGGCCACCUUAUCUCAGAGUAACAUCCAAACAGGACAGUGGUAUAAGAACGGGGCGGUAUUGACGACCAACGCUCGCAUACAGACGUUUGUGAAUGGGCAAUCUCAGAUUCUGAGAAUAUCAAAUGUCCAGACUUCGGAUGGGGCCACGUAUGAAUACAGAGUUAAUGGACUAUCCACAAGCGCACUUCUCACAGUUAAUGUUCCAAUAGGCGCCGUAAGUAUUGUAAGUGGACCAACCGCCCAGACAGUCAAUACUGGGAGUACUGUCAUCCUACAGGCCACCUUAUCUCAGAGUAACAUCCAAACAGGACAGUGGUAUAAGAACGGGGCGGUAUUGACGACAAACGCUCGCAUACAGACGUUUGUGAAUGGGCAAUCUCAGAUUCUGAGAAUAUCAAAUGUCCAGACUUCGGAUGGGGCCACGUAUGAAUACAGAGUUAAUGGACUAUCCACAAGCGCACUUCUCACAGUUAAUGUUCCAAUAGGCGCCGUAAGUAUUGUAAGUGGACCAACCGCCCAGACAGUCAAUACUGGGAGUACUGUCAUCCUACAGGCCACCUUAUCUCAGAGUAACAUCCAAACAGGACAGUGGUAUAAGAACGGGGCGGUAUUGACGACCAACGCUCGCAUACAGACGUUUGUGAAUGGGCAAUCUCAGAUUCUGAGUAUAUCAAAUGUCCAGACUUCGGAUGGGGCCACGUAUGAAUACAGAGUUAAUGGACUAUCCACAAGCGCACUUCUCACAGUUAAUGUUCCAAUAGGCGCCGUAAGUAUUGUAAGUGGACCAACCGCCCAGACAGUCAAUACUGGGAAUACUGUCAUCCUACAGGCCACCUUAUCUCAGAGUAACAUCCAAACAGGACAGUGGUAUAAGAACGGGGCGGUAUUGACGACCAACGCUCGCAUACAAACGUUUGUGAAUGGGCAAUCUCAGAUUCUGAGCAUAUCAAAUGUCCAGACUUCGGAUGGGGCCACGUAUGAAUACAGAGUUAAUGGACUAUCCACAAGCGCACUUCUCUCAGUUAAUGUUCCAAUAGUCAAUGGUGGAUUCUCGCAGUGGACCGACUGGACUGGUCUACCUUGUGGCGUUGCCUGCGAAACAAGAACGGAUGUGAUACGGACGCGAACAAGAAGCUGCUCCAACCCAGCUCCCAGCAGUGGAGGACGCAACUGUACUGGGUCGUUUGUGGACGUUCUGUCUGCUUGCGUGGGACCUGUAAACGGCGGGUUUUCCCUGUGGUCUGAAUGGACUGACCCUUCCUGUGGCAUCACCUGUGGCUCCACCAACGGUGUCAUCAGGUCACGAACCAGAAGCUGCACAAACCCCGUUCCCAGUAAUGGCGGACUGCCAUGUUUUGGGGAUGUAGUGCAGACGUCUGUCAAGACGUGUAGCUUCGCUGCUUGUCAAGUGAAUGGUGGACUAACAGCUUGGACUCAGUGGACCGAUCCACCAUGUGGCAUCACGUGUGGACAACGAUCAGAUGUCAUGCGGACACGCACCAGAAGCUGUUCUAACCCACUCCCCAGCAAUGGAGGACGUGACUGCACGGGGUCUUUGGUGGAGGUUUUGCAGAAAACCUGUUUCUUCCCCGCUUGUGUUGUGAAUGGUGGUUUGACGCCAUGGUCCCAGUGGAGUGGACCACCUUGUGACUUGACCUGUGGAGCUAAGAACGAUGUGGUGAGAACCAGAACCAGAAGCUGCACCAACCCUGCCCCAAGCAAUGGCGGACUGAACUGCACCGGACCCUUCGUUGAAGUUAAAGCUUCGUGUGUCGUCCCUGUCAAUGGAGGAUUCACUCAGUGGACGCAGUGGACUAACCCUUUCUGUGGCAUCACCUGUGGCUCCACCAGCAGUGUGUUGAGGUCAAGGACCAGAAGCUGCACCAACCCCAUCCCCACUAAUGGCGGCCUACAGUGCUCCGGGGAUAGUGUUGAAACAUUUGUCAAGACGUGUGUCUUCCCAGGGUGCCCGGUGAACGGUGGCCUGACGCUCUGGACACAGUGGACUAAUCCACCUUGCGGCAUCAGUUGUGGAACAAGAACUGACUUGACACGAACACGGACCAGGAGCUGCACCAUCCCUCCUCCCAGCAAUGGAGGACAAGGCUGCACUGGUCUUUUAGUUGAGGUCGAACCGAGAAACUGUGACUUUGCUGCUUGCACUGUGAACGGCGGCUUCACACUGUGGACUCAGUGGACCAACCCACCGUGCGGCAUCACCUGUGGAAGAAGGACUGAAAUACGCACACGAACCAGAAGCUGCACCAACCCUGCCCCCAGCAAUGGAGGGACACCCUGUUCCGGUCCUAUCAUAGAUAUUUUGCCAAAAAGCUGUGAUUUCACUCCUUGUGUUGUCGCUGUCAACGGAGGAUUCACCCAAUGGACUCAAUGGACCACCCUUUCCUGUGGCAUCACCUGUGGCUCCACCAACAGCCUUGUCAGGUCACGAACCAGAAGCUGCACCAACCCCUUUGCCAGUAAUGGUGGACAACAGUGCAUUGGAAAUACUAUUGAAACGUUGUCUCAGCCUUGUGUCUUUAGUGCCUGCCAAGCCCCAGUGAAUGGUGGGCUGACCCAGUGGACCACGUGGACCAAUCCCGGGUGUGGCAUCACGUGUGGGGUGGGAGCCUCUGUCAGCAGAACAAGGGUCAGGACCUGCACCAACCCUGCUCCAGCUAACGGAGGACAAGUCUGCAAUGGUCCUUUCGUUCAGGUUUUAGCCCAGACAUGUUCAUUCUCACCCUGUGCCGUCAAUGGAGGAUUCACCCAGUGGAGUCAAUGGACUAGCCCUACCUGUGGCAUCAGCUGUGGUUCCACUAACAGUGUUGUUAGGUCACGGUUCAGAAGCUGCACAAAUCCUGUAGCCAGUAACGGAGGCCAAUCCUGCACUGGAGAUCGAGUUCAGACGUUGAUUCAGACUUGUGUCUUUAGUCCCUGUCCAGUGAAUGGUGGCCUCACACAAUGGACCUUGUGGACCGAGCCUCCUUGUGGCAUCAUUUGUGGAACAAGAACCGAUGUCCUGCGCACAAGAAGUAGAAGCUGCAGCAACCCUGCCGCGAGCAAUGGUGGACUUGCCUGUAAUGGGCCUUUUGUGGAGACUGCACAGAAAGCAUGUGCUUUCUCCCCUUGUGUUGUUAAUGGUGGUUUGACUCAGUGGACUCAAUGGACGAAUCCUGCCUGUGGUAUCACCUGUGGCUCCACCAACAGCCUUGUCAGGUCACGAACCAGAAGCUGCACCAAUCCCGUUGCCAGUAACGGCGGACAACAAUGCUUCGGUAACACGCUUGAAACAUCGAGUACCCGGUGUGUCUUCCGUGCUUGUCCAGUGGAUGGUGGCCUGACCCUCUGGACCGAGUGGACCAACCCCCCUUGCAGCAGCGCGUGUGUGAUUCGGACUCGAACCAGGACCUGCACCAACCCACCUUCCAGUAAUGGCGGUCUGAACUGUACUGGAGCUCUGCUGGGGGUAGUGAAGAAGACAUGUGAUAACGUCCCUUGUAUCGUUCCAGUAAAUGGCAGUUUCACGCAAUGGACGGAGUGGACAGGACCUCCGUGUAGCGUCACGUGCGGAGCCGGGCCGAGCGUUGUCAGGAGGAGGUCACGGUCGUGUACAAACCCCCCUCCAAGUAACGGGGGCAACGGCUGUUUCGGGGAUGUCUUGCAGACAAUAUCAACACCUUGCAGCUUCCCAGAAUGUGGAGGGCUCUGUACGUCAGUAACGUAUCGAGACGGCAUUGGCUACCGCUACCACCCUACUGACUGCGACAAGUACAUCCAGUGCUACAACAACCCCAGUGGCAACGUUGUUGCUAUGUACAGGAGAUGUCCGUUUGGUAAAUUCUGGAACCAAGUCACAUUCCAAUGUGACGAAUCCUGGAGGGUUGUGUGUCCACACGAUAAGUGCAAGGACAACAGCACUGCGACCUUCAACCUUCUGGGCAGCUGCCGUGCAUACUGGGAGUGUGACACUAACUUCGUGGCAGUGCCCAAGUGUUGCAGCGUGGGAUACAGCUAUGUGCAUCGCGAGGGAUGCAAGCCUAACCUCUUCUGUCGGGAUCUGUGUCCCACUGCAUGUGAAGACAGAGAUCUCUGCGACAAGCGGCCCGACUGGAGCGCCAACCCAGCCACUUACAACAUGUCUGUCGGCAUUCUCGGCUGGGUACCCACCUCAUGUGCUGCCGGAACUCAAUUCGACAUCACCAACUGUGGCUGCAGUGCUCUCAACCAAUCCUGUUCGGCCUCCAACGCUGUCACCUUCACCGCGGGAAGUAGCUUAACGUCAGCCCUAGCAUCAUGGCUUGAACUCUCUAAUGUCGAGGUUUCCAACGGAAUCGCCAACUUCAACGGCAGCAGUCGGCUUGUAGCCACAGUCACCAUGCCAACUGCGUCAACCGCUAACCCUUUGAUCAUCCGCUUCCGGUAUCGUGAAUCUGGCGCUGUGUUCGGACGUCGAGUGCUGGUCAGCACAAGUGACUGUAAGAAUGGCAGCAGCUUGGUCAUUGCUGUGGACAGUUACACCAUGACCUUUGAACUGACGUCUUGGUAUAACUGGGCAGUCACAUUACCUGUGUCCAUGGCGGGCUUCUCCCGUGACGACUGGAAGACGGUGACAUUUUCGUACGCGGGCUAUGACAUGUUGGCUGUAGUGGAGAGUGCCACGCUGAAGUAUGCUGCCAAGGUUCACGCGCCACAGUCAACCAUUAUGCAGUGUGCCCUGACAUUCGGAACAGACUCCAAGAACGAUGCUACCAACAACUUCAUUGGGCAGCUUGAUCAGUUAUCGCUGUACCAGUGUGACCCAGGCAACCUGUAUUAAUGGACGCUACGGUGGGGGAAACACACGACAAUCAACAGACUGUGACGUCACAUUCAACCUGAGACCAAAUACGCAAUCAAAUCGGUCACAGCCGUAACUCAUAUAGAAGACCGCUGUGUCUGUUUAUAACUUGCCCUAAUUUUAAAAGCGGCGUAAACCCAACUCACUCACUCACUUAUAUCUUGCCAAAGAGAUGGAAGUAAAUAAAAGAAAUGAAAGAGACACGUACAUGACAUUAGAACCUGUCUACGAUAUAAUUUUGACAAGAUUCAUUCCGAAAAUACAACUUGAUCUUCUGUCAAUGUAUAAUUAAACUGCCCGGCAAAGAAAUUAUACACCCAUGUUUGAUGGUCACUAAAAAAAUAAACAAACAAUCUGUGGAAAUACACCUGGCUGGUGUGUGGACCUGCAUAAUCAUCAUCUGACAAUGUUUGUUUUGUUUGUUUGUUGUUUAGUGUGCAAAUGCUUUUAAUUGAAAGGAUAUGUUAUUGUCCAUUAUAACUGACGGUGGCAAGUCCUCCCUUACCAAUUCAUAUUUUACUAUCUCGACGUUUGAUUGCUCGGUAAAAUGUUAGUGUUUGUUUGUUUGUUUGUUUAACGCCGCACUCAGCAAUAUUCCAGCCAUAUGACGACGGUCUGUAAUCGAGUCUGGACUAGACAAUCCAGUGAUUGACGUCAUUAUGAUCGUUUUACGCAAUUGGGAUACGAUGACAUGCAUGAACCAAGUCAGCGAGCCUGACCACCCGAUCCCGUUAGUCGCCUCUUACGACAAGCAUAAUCGCCUGUUACGGCAAGCACGGGUUGCUGAAGACCUUUUCUACCCCGAUCGUCACGGGUCGUUUCAGUAACGGUAUUAAUUUCUUGGUUAUGUCCAAUAUCCGAGUGUAUCCUUUCCUCCGCCCGGCAGUUUAGUAUCGGAAACUUUGCUGAUAAAAAAUGAAAUAUAUGUAACGCCACAUUGCUCCAAUGUUUGAUCGGGUGAGUUAUUAGGUAAUGUUUGUGAGAGGGAAAGCGAUUUCCAAGCACAGAAUUAAAGAAUGACAUUAUAUGAUAAAGAGGUUAUCACGCUAGUGUGUUUGGGGAGGGUAAAUAUCCUGCAUUAGGAAUUAACAUUGUAUUUAGCGAGCCUAUAUUACCUAUAUACUGUAUACCGAAACUUAUCUUGACAGUCUGCGCAAUAUUAAAGUACAUACAAUUAGUUCGUACUCAUCUUAUAAAGGAUGUUAAUGUGGUCGUUGUAAAGUGUAUCAUAUUUUGUUACAAAAAUAAAGCUUUAAACACUGUUCACUGUAUAUGCCAAUUGUUGUUGAACUGUAUUCAAAUAAAUAAUAUUUUCGUAAUUUC